AUGCUACUCAAUCUUGCGUUCCUUGCGACCGCGGGUCUGAUCGCCGUCCCUGUUGAUGCGACCCCUUUCGACAUCCCUGGUAUCGACCCCAGCGUGACCGCCCAUCCCGUCGCACCGGAUACCCCCGGCGCUGUCACCGCUGGAGGGGGUCCUACCGACCCAAAUGCUCUUGCAGCGACUCCGGAGAGCCCGUGGCCAAAGUCAGCGCCUGACAACGGCGCCUUUGAAUUUGUAAACAGUUGCCAAGGUCAUAGUGACGACGACCUGGAACUCUUAUUUACCGAGCUUUUGACAGCAACAGACAUCCUGAAAAAGGGCAUCGACAUAAAAGCAGCGAGUGCCUUCUACCAGGUCUACUUUUCUCCCGCAGUGAAAAACCAAGUAGGGUUUGAGCUCCAAGUCAACACUAAGUAUAGGAACGCAUAUUCGAUCCUUACACGUACCGACGGUAAGGUAAAGAUUACAUGCGAUGCCAACCUAUGCAACCCCACAACUGUUGCCUUUGUGAUCGCGGAGUUAAAUAUCUUGAAUCUAUGCCCGCUGUGGUGGGAUGACAAUACCAAGAAGAGGUCGUCAGUGGCCUCUGAUGAGUGCCAGCCAGACAGCGACAAGACUGAUGAUUGGUUCAAUAUCGGGAAAUUCAAAGCUACGAAAGCCGACGACUACGCCUAUGGUGCGAGAGAUUGUUCAGCGUUAGUAGGGGGUUAUCACGACUCUGUCAGAUGCGGGCCAGACAAGAACAACCCCAAUGGCCCUAAGGGUCGAUGUGACCCCAAGUUAUCUUUCGAGAAUGCUGACAAUCUUGCAUUCGUGGUCGCAGGCGAAUACUGGAACCAGCGCUGCAAUAAGGUUGUUACGGUGGGGAGUGCGGACAAUGAUCCUGCUGAAGCGAGUGGUCAGGAUCUUCAGUUGGAUGCUUCUGGUCAUUGA